CCUCUCUUUGCAUGGCUCUGAAUAAUUUUACAGUCAUCCUAAAGAUUGAUGGUUUUUAUUUAAAUAUCAAGAUGGCACAAGAAUGAUAUAUAGAUUUUAUUCAAGUUUCUGGACAUUACGAAGCAUUUGCUCAAGUUUAUCAUCGCAGUCACGAUAAUCGAAAAAAGCAGUCAAUUUAUGGGAGCAAUCUUAAGCUUCCUAUAAGUCAGCGAGAGAGAUAGACAUUUUAACCUUUUAUUUCGAGGAACGCUUAUUUUCACGCUCAGUGUUGGGUGUUCAGAGUUAACGUCGAGUAACGUCCGCUGAAGCCUACUUCAGAAUAUCUCAACGAGUUUUCUAGUAGAACAGUAGAAAGCAAGGAUUGGCAACAUGUGGGCGAGAUUGUGGUUCUUCAUUUCCCUGAUAUGGCUGACGCAAAACGUGGUGUUUGGUAUUCCCGGAUCCUGCGCCAAUUACAUUUAUCCUUUAACAAACAACGAGAACACUUAUCCUUACACAGGCACCGAGACACCGUAUAAUCUCGUUCAUAUAAAUACCGAAACAACCAUGACUAUACCGAACUGCAAACCGAUGCAGAUAUGGAUGUUAAAUAAACACGGGGCGCAGUAUCCGAACGAGUACAUGCUGAGACAAAUCGUAAACUUCACGAGCAAAAUGCGCCACAACUUCCUCUAUUUGAUGAAAAAAAUAUACUCAGGACAGCCGAUGGAGUCCAUACCUUUGUACGCAAGGAUUCAAAAGAAUUGGCAGACUUGCCCUGAGUUUGUCAAUGGCAGAGCAAGAAAUUUAUCAUCGCGGGGUAAAAAGGACAUGGUGUCGCUCGGCGAAAGAAUCAGAGCGAAAUUGGCAACGCUUUUCAACGAGGACGUGAGAAAAAGUUUCAAGUUUAGAUCAACGGCUACAGAACACACUGCCACCAGCAUGUUGUCUUUCAUAAACGGAGCCUUCAAUCAAGGGUAUAAAUUACAUAAACCUAAGAAGUUCGAAUCGUGGAACGUAACACAAUAUUUAACCAUGAAAUCCUUUGAUGGAGCUUCGAGUGAUACGGUGCUCAAAUUUGAAAUAGUGCCGGCUAUCCAUGACACUUUGUUGAAGCUGUACGCUAAUUGCGGGACUUGGAACAAUUUCGAUAACAAAGAGGUACAGGCGUUUGCUACCACGGAAAUGGCGAAAAUUUUCGACGAUGUCUUUCGAGACUUACAGCUCCCAAGUGAAUAUAACAAAAAUGUGAUGGCUACGAUAUACAACACUUGUCGCUACGAGCGAGCUGUGUGCCCGGACAAACCGUCGCCCUGGUGCGACGUGUUCACCAUCGACGAGAUGAAGGCCCUCGAGUACCAAUAUGAUCUCUCGUCUUACUAUUUCGUCGGUCCAGGCAGGCAGAUCAACCGCCAGCUCGGAUGUCAUCCCAUCCGGGACAUGCUUCAGCACUUUACGAAAUUGGAGAGAGCAAAUAGCGAUGAGCCAAGAGGCGUGUUUUACUUCGCCGAGUCGCAAAUGCUAUCGCUGUUUCUCACCGCGUUGGGAGUUGGCGAGGACUCCGUGCCGCUUACGGCCGCGAAUUAUCGAUACUCGGGUAACAGAAGUUGGAGAAUCUCCCGGUUGGUACCGUCUUCCGCGAAUUUUGCGGCGGUCUUUCACAGAUGCUACUCGAACGAUAAUCCCUUCAAAGUCACCUUCUACCUAAACGAGAAUCCUUUACCUCUCGAAGGCUGCGAGAACGGAGUCUGCAAUUGGACGCAGCUGAAGAAGAAGUUGGGUGAAAUUGCGAACAAGUGCAGCACGAGAGUAUGUCAAGAAAAAUUCUUUCCAAAUUUCGAACUGUUUGGCAUCCAUUAGAACUAACGGAAGACUUCGUGAUAGUGCCCAACUAUGUGAGGCUUACAAAUGAUACAUUCUGGUUUCAAGAAACGUGAGAGGAAAAUUUAUUCUAACAUAGUGGCAAUAAAAGAAGUAAUCAACAGGAAAAAGAACGCAUCGAUGCGACCUUUCUAUUGCUUUCUGGAGAUUAAAUAUGCCGGUCAAGUUUUUUCUUUAGACCUGCU